CAAGGAUUCACCGGGGCAUGGCGGUGCGCCUCGCGUGUUUGCUGCUUUGUUUUGUCCAGGCGAAGUGCUUGUUUCUUGUUCACGGAAGCGCACUUCGUGGCGCGCCGCGAAAUAUCGCAAGUACCGCGUUCACGAGGUGCGCACGGACGCGGCCACCAAUUGCAUCCGAGUUUGAGGAGGAGGAGGAGGAGGAAAAUUUUAUCGACGCGGACGACUCCUGGAGGCAGUUCCGCUCCGAUGCCAUAGCGGAGGGCUGGUGGCAGACUCUCCGCCGCGAGGCGCGACGGAGCGUCACAGCGCCGAGCGUGCGACAGCGCCUGGAAGAGGCUGGUGGCGUCCUCGUCGCCGCGACCGUCUUCGUCGCGCUCCUGAAGGCGUACAUCGUGCGAGCGGGAGGCGGCAUCGUGAUCGUCCCUGACGAGGCGGGCCUCGGCAUCUACAACUUCAACGAGCUGAAGGCGCUCGACCCGUCCAAGCUCUUCAAGCUGCACCUGCCAUCCUCGAUGCCGCCCAUGCCGCCCCCCAUGCUACGCAUAGAGCGUGAACUGUCGCUCACCCUCUCCCGCCUCCUCAUCGGCGACGCUGGCGACGGCCACCCGCCCGCCUGAUGAUUGGAGAUUGGCCUCGCUGACUCGGUCCGGGCGGCGUACCGAAUAGUGGGUGCCAACCCUCCCUUCGUCCGACUGUGCGCGGUGAGUCUGUGCGAGCGAUUGGUGGAGCGCAACAGAGGUUCCGGCCCGCGCGCGCACCGCACAGCGCACGCGACGGCGGGCUUCCUCCUGUGUGGUCCUCCUGUUCGCCUUGUGCGCACUGUAUACUGGUUCGUGUACCUCGCUUAUGAUUUCUCUUCGCUCU